GAUCCUUUUUGAACUUACAACUUUGGCAUGCAUUAUAAAUUUCCCAGGCUUCAAUUACAAACCAAAAAACUAUUGAGGUUGGUCUUCAGAAGGCUUUCAUCUACUAAGAAAGGCGAUUACAUUACUAUUGAUCACGAAUUUGACGCUGUGGUUGUAGGUGCUGGCGGGGCUGGUUUACGUGCGGCCUUUGGGCUUGCUGAGAUGGGACUAAAGACCGCUUGCAUUACCAAGUUGUUUCCAACGCGUUCCCACACAGUUGCUGCACAAGGUGGCAUCAAUGCUGCUUUGGGCAACAUGUCCCAGGACGACUGGCGCUGGCAUUUUUAUGACACCGUCAAAGGUUCAGAUUGGCUAGGAGAUCAGGAUGCCAUCCACUAUAUGACUAGGGAAGCACCCGACUGUGUGAGGGAACUGGAGCACUAUGGGUGCCCCUUUAGUCGCACGGAGACCGGUCUAAUAUACCAGAGACCUUUCGGUGGACAGAGCUUGGGGUACGGAAAGGGUGGGCAGGCCCACCGCUGCUGCGCCGUGGCGGACAGGACUGGUCACGCUAUUCUCCAUACGCUCUACGGUCAGUCUCUGCGCUUCAACACGCAGUAUUUCAUCGAAUACUUUGCCCUCGAUCUUCUGAUGGACGAGGGGCGGUGUGUCGGCGUUUUGGCCAUGAACAUGGAAGAUGGCACCCUUCACCGCUUCCGAGCACAUGAUACCGUGCUGGCCACGGGCGGGUACGGUCGCGCCUACUUCUCCUGCACCUCUGCCCACACUUGCACGGGAGACGGAAACGCGAUGGUUGCACGCGCUAAACUGCCUUUGGAAGAUUUGGAGUUUGUUCAGUUUCAUCCAACUGGGAUAUACGGCGUCGGCUGCUUGAUCACGGAGGGCUCCCGAGGAGAGGGCGGCUAUUUGGUCAACAGCGAAGGAGAGCGCUUUAUGGAGCGAUACGCACCCACCGCCAAGGACCUCGCCUCCCGAGACGUCGUUUCGAGGGCUUCUACCAUCGAAAUUCGAGAAGGCAGGGGUGUGGGCCCGCUGAAAGACCACGUGUAUCUUCAGCUACACCACCUGCCCCCCGACAUAUUGCACGAACGGCUGCCGGCCAUAUCCGAAACUGCCAGCAUUUUUGCUGGAGUAGAUGUGACUAAGGAGCCGAUCCCUGUUCUUCCGACCGUCCACUACAACAUGGGCGGCAUUCCCACCAACUACCACGGACAGGUCAUCACUCACGAGAACGGGCGUGAUAAAGUCGUUCCUGGUCUUUACGCUGCUGGCGAGGCGGCGGCUGUCUCUGUUCACGGCGCUAAUCGAUUAGGCGCCAAUUCGCUUUUGGACAUUGUUGUGUUCGGCAGAGCAUGUGCACACCACAUAUCCAAGCACUUGACGCCAGGGAAACCUCACAAGCCGUUGAGCGAGGGCGCAGGGGAGGAAAUAAUAGCAACUCUAGACAGAGUGAGGUUUUCCAGCGGAAGUCGCAAAGUUGCAGACCUGCGGCUUGAGAUGCAAAGAGUCAUGCAAAACCACGCUGCCGUGUUUCGGGACGGACCGACUUUGCGGGAGGGCAUUGAGAAAAUCGACCAAUGCAACAAAAACCUUGAAGAUCUCCAAUUAUAUGACCGCGGCCUCAUUUGGAACACAGACUUAAUUGAGGCGCUAGAACUUUACAACUUGAUGACGAAUGCCAGGCAGACCAUGUACUCGGCCGAAGCCCGAAGGGAGUCCAGAGGCGCCCACUCCCGCGAGGACUACCCUAAGCGCAUUGAUGAGUAUGACUACAGCCGACCGAUCCCCGGCCAGACUUACAAUAAGGACCACUGGCGCAAGCACACCCUGUCGUGGGAUCUGAAUGGGAAAAUAAAGCUAGCGUACAGACCAGUGAUCGAUAAUACACUCGACGAAAAAGAAUGCAAAACAGUUCCGCCGGUUAUCCGGGUAUACUGAGUGAGUAAGAAUAGAAGAAAUUUUAACAA